AGUAAUACGUUUCGAUUUAACAACACAAUAUGGCCGACCAUUGAAAAAGCUGUUGUGAAACUUCGACGCAGAAACAAAAUACAGAAAAAUGAGCGAUCGGUCGGAAUCUUUGCACUUGUUUGUGUGCUAUAACACAGAUGAAGAUUUCGUUGACAAGAUUUUGGUGCCAUACGAUACAGUAUGGUCAGAUUUGGAGGAGAUGUUUAAAGCCAGACUUGACUGUCCCAGGGUGGCAGUGAGCUAUGUGGAUAUUGACAGUGAUGAGAUUUCGCUUGGAAGCCAAGAGGAAUUGUUUGAGGCAUUUAGGGUUGCGAUGCAGUGUGGACACAAGCUGAGUGUCAAAGUGAUGCCGUUAGCCGCGGAGACAGCCGUGUUCCGGAUGGCGGACAUCGACGAUCACGGUGAUCCCCCAGAACAAAGUAUGGACAGGCUGGAUGAGCCCCUAGAUCUCCGCGAAAUCUGCCCUGACCCUCACACGGCUAUUCCGAUGGGAGAUGUGGAGCGGAAAAAAGAAGAGGCGCCUGUUGCUCCGCUAGCUAAGGAAACCGAUGUGGACAAGUUAGAGGGCAGUGUGGUUGAAGGUGCGAUCGUGUUCCCAGACGCUGAUAUGAAGCUGUCAGUGAAGAAAUAUGGCUGUGAAUGGGAGCCUGUUGCUGGGUCAGUUUAUGAACGCCAAUCUAGCUCAGAAGGUGCACGCCAGGAUCAACUUCUACAGUACAGUGACUUUGUGGAGUUCAUGACAAAGCUAAAGAAAGACCUGAGAUCAGAAAUUGUGCGUGAUGUCACGAGGAAGACUGUAAAGCAGGUCCUAAAGGGACUUGAUGGGGCCGUGAUUGAAUCCCUUCAGGGGUCAGGGACCUUGGGGUCAAGUUGUGGGGUCGCUGGUGGUCAAGGUGACACAAAGGUCAUGGGGUUGGCAGCGGAAAAAUUCCCAGAUGAGCACGUGGUGUAUGCACAUGACGGAGUGAUAUGUGAUGGGUGCAACAAUCCGAUCGUGGGACCACGCUACAAAUGCGGGAACUGCCUCGACUUUGACCUGUGCGAAGUCUGCGAGAGCAAGUCUGGUCUGCACAAUCCCGAACACGUGUUUGUAAAGAUCCGUCGUCCAUGCCCGAGAGUGGGAAUGGUUGACGGAGUGCGGCGGCCUCUACUGAGAGGAUCCAUCUACCGGACCCACCGUCGCUGCAACCUCCUGGUGCCAAUACUAGGGGAGGGGGUCGAGGAUCAGAAUGAGGCGAAUAACCUCCUUGAAAGCAAACUGAAGUGCAGAUAUUCACAGAAGAUCGAGAAGAAGAAGAGAAAGUCAGAGAAGAAUAUUGAGAAAGUGAAACGCAAGGCCGAGAAACUGAACAGGAAGCUGGAGUCCCUCGCUGACUCACCUUCCAAACGUGAAAGGUUGGACCUUCUUGACGCGGUCACCUAUGACUUCUACAAGGUUCUUAUGGGCGCCCAGUUGCUUUCUGACCUGACAGUUCCUGCGCGUACAGAAAUGCAGUCGGGGACAAAGUUUGUUAAAACCUGGUGGGUGAAGAACAGUGGAGAUGGACAGUGGACAUGUGGUACUAAGUUGAAGCUUCUAACGGGAAACAUUCCCACUCCAUCAGCUGUUGUUGACGUGCCCCAUCUCCUGCCCGGUGAAGAGGGGGCGAUCUGCGUGGACUUUGUCAGCCCCUCUCAGUCAGGUGAAUACGAGAGCGUUUGGAGGUUCCAUGAGAACAGCAUGCCGUUUGGUUCCACCAUUUCCUGUAUGAUCAUAGUUGUGCCCAGAGAGAUACUGGAACCGACAAAAGAGGAAGUGGACUCGCUUCGAGUCGUCAUGACAACAUCACAGAAAUCAGAACCCGAAAUGAAACCUGGUUUGGCUGAAAGAAUCGAAAUAAAACUGACGCCUGAAACUGAAGAAGAACACCUGAGGGAAGUCUUUGUUCGACGGGAACCAGUCAAAAGAGGUACAUCAAUGGAUUCAGUCCGACAGGAAGUUGAAAUUGAAGAACCAGUCCAACAGGAAGUUGAAGAGCAAGUGGAUCAGAAAGAGGAAGACACUGUUCAAGAUGAGAACAAAGAAACCAAUGCAGGUGAUCCAGACAGUGACAGUGAUGAAGGAUUCGUACUGUACGCUUGCCACGGGGAUAAAGAAGAUGAUGUUGUGGAAGUCGAGAAAAAGGCUGAACCCAGCAUCACUGAUGAUCUGACACUGGCUGUGGCCCAGUUGUCCCUGGAAACAGAGAAGAGGGGAGCAACUGUGUCAUACACACCGACCCCAAAUAACACUCCAUUUGAUGUGACCCCCUUGAAGACUCCCAAUCCAGAGCCAGCAGAUGACAUCGAGAAAGAGGAGGAGGAGGGUUGUCAUGGCGAGGAAUUUGAACUAAAGCCGAUAUCCAAGAGCAGUAGCGUAGAGCUGGUCUCACACGCCGACGGGGAGGACCAGUACGGGGACCACAACUACGUCAGACAUCGUAUGGAGAGCCUAGAUUUCAAACCAGAAAUCGACCUCGAGUCAGUCAGCAGUUACUCGGACGAUGAUUUCAAUGAUGACUCCCUGUCGGACUGCGACUACAUCAUCGUUCCAAUGCCCGACUGCUUCGACUUGAGCAAACCACUUCGAGACUUGAACCUGUCGAGUUACUCGAACUCGGUGGCGGACCGCUCGGACUACGAUUACUCCCUUGACGAUAACCACAAUGAUGUUACGAACAGGAUUGGUGCAGGAUUUUCAGUCGACGACAUUUUGACGACCUCCAGUCAGCUGUCAACGCGACCUUUAAGCCCCACCCCUUCUCGUGAGAUCACGCCCCCACAGAGGUCAGGCUCUUCCCGCACCCAGGAGGCCCUGCCCGCCAAGUUCCUAAGCCCCUCCCACUCUUUGGAUGACCUCACCUGCAGUGCUGAGCCAGCCAAUCGGAUUGAGUUCAAGGGAGACAAUUCUGGUGGUGAAUCUUCUCAAGGAGAGCGUCUAGACUCGGUUGUCGUUAUGAUUGAUUCCGUGUUGGAAAGUGCAGUUGGAACAAGCACUGGCCAGAUGGCUUCAGGGGAGGCAACUGUUGGGGCGAGAGACAGAGUUGUUCCCCUUUGUACUGAGAAUGCCAUGGACAAUGGAGGUGACCCUGCAGGGGAUGUAACUGCUCUUCCUAUAGUGACUUCCCUUGAGUCUGGGACCCUGGUAGAGGGCGCCACUGGUGGACAGGAAAUGGGAGCUGCCGCUGCAGACGACAAUGAACCGAUGGUUGAGCUGGUUACCAACUUAGAAAACACCGUAACCAAGGAACCAGUAUCAGCUGGUGCCCAGCUUCCAAAUGUUGUGUAUGUUAAAGCAGGCGAGAAAAAGGGACCAGCCUCUGGGCAGACUACAAGGACUGUAGAGUUUGCACCUGAGUUUGCCAACCAGCUAGUUGCAACAGCUGUGAAUGCUGCCGGCCAGGCUUUUAUCACUGCAAAAGCAGUCUUCAAAACAUGGCAAGACAAACAGGAGGCCAAUAAACAAGAGAUGGCAAAGAAAUCUGAGGAAAGUUCAAAGCAACAACCGAAGGGCUGGAAACCUGCUGGGACCCAAUAUGCCGCUCCGGACGAAUCCGGUUAUGUCCCUAAAAAGUCUGAUUGGACCCCGCCUAAGCAGGAUUUUAAGCCGCCGAAAUCAGACUGGAAACCGGCUAAACCCGAAUACAAACCCCCAAAAUCGGAAUGGAAGCCACCGAAAGAAAACCAGGCUGCUGCCCCCCAGAAACAAUGGAUUCCCCCGCCUGCAGACGGACCGAUGGCUCGGCUGAUGGAGAUGGGGUUCUUCGACACAGCUCUGAAUCAGCGUCUGCUUGUAAAGUUCGACAACAACAUUCAGAAAGUUGUGCAGGAGCUUCUGACCUUGAAGAACAAGGAUUGGUCACAGUAGUCGGUGGGGAAAUACUUGAAAUGUGAUACUGGUGUGAUUGGAAAAUUUUAUAGAACGUUGUCUGUUGUUGACUAUUAUUGAUAUUGUUUCGUGUUUUUAUUGAUUUGGUAAUUAAUUGUACAUGUAUUUUAUGCAGUUUAUGAUAUAUAUUAUAUGUUUAUAUUCUUGUCUUAAAAGGUUUUCUUUUUUUUGGAUAUAAAAUCUGAAGUCUUUUAAUAUAUAAUCCAAGUGGUAGAAGUGGACAAAAAUGUGGAUUUGAAUUUCAUGCUUAAUAAGUGUGCUAAAAAGUACUUUAUAUUGUUACCAGUUCAUUUUCUGUUAAUAAGAAUAGGUAUUGUUGUUUUCUGCCUGCAACAUUACCAAGUAUUGCUUUUUUAAUUAUAAAUAAUCUUAAAAAGAAAACUAUAAUAAAUGGAUGAUACACAUAAAUAUCUUAGGAAUUCAUUUCAUUGAUACAACAUUAAUUUAAUAAUUAAAAAAAAAUGUUUUUUAAACUAUAAAACAUUUUGUCAAAUAUUUAUAAUUAAAAAAGUUUAUGUUAAAAAGUCAGAACGUGUAAGGCUAAUUAAUUUUUUUAUUAAGUUAGAAAAUUCCAACAUUAUUUGUUCUGUUUUCAAUUGAAACACUUGUCUCUGAUAGUUGUGUCAAUAAGUCAGUCAGCUUUUUUGAUGCUCGGAACUUUCAGGGACAGUGUUUGCAUGAGUAACAGACAUAGUUUAAACACUGUUAAAAAAUCAUCUAUUGAGGUUUUCAACAUUUCUAAUUAUUAAUAUUUUUAUGAUUGGACCUAGUACAUACCUCUUUAAUGUUUCACCAACUUCAGUUAGUUUAGAUACAUUUGAGAAAAUAUUCAGUCUCGUUUUAGAAGUAUAAAAUAUAUAAAUGUUUUGUAUUUUUUUACUUUUUCCAAAUCCUCCUAGAGAAUUAUAUAAUGGAAUUAUUUUUAUCUCAGUUUUAGUUGUUUAUUGGCUACAGUAAGAAUAUCAAUACAAUCUAUGACAUGCAUGUCUGAAAAUAACAUCACUGUUGUACCGCUUCAGACAUCUAGUUACUACACUGAUAUUAGCCUGAUUCUUAUAGCUUGGUUAUUGAUAUUCCAACUUUAAUAAAUAUAGUUUACUGUUCUUAAAGCAAACACAAAUGACUUUGAGUAUGGGGGUUAAACUGUAAAACACAGCUUUGAAGCACACUAUAAGUGUAUAUAUCUAAAUAUAUUUGCACACUAUUCAUACAGAAACACUAAAUUGCUUUUCAUUAUACAAUUUUUAUUGCGUUUUGUUUCUUUUCUGAAUAACUGGAUUGUAUUUGAUUUUUUUAUGCCAUGUAACGUUAACAGAAAAGUUUUCAAGCUGCCGUCUUUCAGGCGAGAGAGAGGGUGGAAAGAGAGGAUGGAUAAGAAUUGAGAGAAAGGAUAAACAUUGUAGAGAAAGUAUAAUCAAUAGGGAGAAAGCAUAAGGAAUUAAGAGAAAAGAUAAUAAGUAUAAGGAAUUGAGAGAAAAGAUAACAAUAAGUAUAAAGGAUAAAGAAUCAGGUCUACAAACGAUAAUCAAUAUGGAGAAAGGAUAAGGAAAUAAGAUGAACAAUAAUAAGAUAAAAGGUUAAGGAAUUGAGACGAAAGAUAAUAAGGUGAAAGGUUAAGGAAUUAAGAGAAAAUAUAAUCAGUAGUGAAAAAGGAUAAUGGAUUAAUAGAAAAGAUAAUCGAUAAGGAGAAAGAAGAAUCAAUUGAGAAAAACAAAGCCUGUCAAUGAACUAAAGAAUUGUGUCAUUAAGCUUUUUUGGAGGUUUUUGAAGUGACAUAGAAAUGAUAAUAAUUUCAGAGAGAGAGGUAUAGCUUGUGAGUAAGAUAGUGUGAAAGAUGUAAGCAUUUGUUAUUUCAAUAACUCCUGUGUGAAAGAUGUAAGCAUUUGUUAUUUCAUUAACUCUUGUGUGAAAGAUGUAAGCAUUUGUUAUUUCAUUAACUCUAAAAAAAUUGCUUGUGAUCUUUUAUGUACAUGUAUUUACAUCGGUAAUGUUCAUUACAUUUCUGGUGUUGUUAUAAACAUAACCCUGAAUUAAAUUUUGAAUGUUGCUGCAUUAUCCUUAUGCUUUCAAAUGAGACUUGGUCAUUUUGCAUGGCUUCACUAAGGAACAAACAAAAAUUAUUCAAUACAAUUUGUGAUGUGCUCUCGUUAUAUGUGAGUUGCUUAACCUAACAUUUAUAAGUCUAUUGAUAUUGCAUAAGAUGCCUGUUUAUUAUUAUAGUUAUCUAAUUGUCAUAUGAGUUGUAUUUCCAUUUUUCCCCAUUCUGUUGCAUACUUAUCCUACACAAAUGCUUAUCACUUGUGGUUGUUGUUUUCUUCAUUUGAUGUUUUUAACGCUAAAUUUACCAAACACUUAGUUGCGUUGCAUAUAAAACAGAAUUUUCAAGUGUUAUGAUUCUUUAAGCAUUCUGAAUGAUUGUGGAUUAAAACACUGAUCCUAUUUUUGUGAAGUUACUGAAAUUGUUCUGUUUUGAAUACAUGUAUGAUGGUGGUCAAUAGAUUCUAAUGCUUUCUCACUUAAAAUCCCAGGCUCCAAAAUAAGACAAUUUUAAAAGGGCAUCACUUCAAAUUUAGUUAAUUCUCUGACUGACAAAUUAUUUAGUUUGUAAGAAGUGCAAUUAAUUCAAAUUUUAAUUUAUGUUGGUAAUAUUUUAUUUGUUAGAAAUAAUAUGUACAAAGUCUAAUGGUUUGGACAAUAUUUGGGCAAAGGGUUAUCAUUCUAGAAGUUUUUCAGUUUCCUUUUAGCUCAUUCGAGCACAACGUGCUCAAGGUGAGCUUUUGUAAUUGCCGUUUGUCAGUUGUGUAUUUUGCGUAGUGUGCAGUCAACAUUUACCUUGCAUCUUCUGCAGGAGAGACAACCAGCUACUAGCUAACUGGCUUAUUACAGUAGAGUUGUCGGUAAUUAAAUUUAAAGUUAUAAGGUUAAAACAUGUAGAUAUUAUGUUCUGUUUUGGACAUAUUUUAAAUUAUCAAAACUUUUUCAAAAUAAUGUUCCUAUAAUUUUUGAUUUUGUCAAGUACUUUAAAUAUACUGACCUCCACCUUCUCAGAAUAGUUUAGUUCCAUCUGGUCUCAGGUGAGCACCUAAUGGCCUAUGGCCCUCUUGUUUAUUAGUUCUGUUUAUUUGUUGUACCUUUAUUAUUUUAUAUUUGUUAUUUUUGGUCAAGUUUAUGUAUACAUAAGUUUCCAUUUGUGUUUAUCUCCAUGUAUCCUUCUGCAAGAUAAAAUAUCUUCAAUUAACAAUUGUCUUGUUUUAUGUCGAGAGAUUGAGGUUUUAUCUCUUUCUGUCGCACAAAUAUUGAUUUUUUUGUGUACAUGAAGAAUGCUUUUAUCAUUAAAAAGUCUCCCUUGUUUGUUUUGCUUGAAUACCAUAUAUUUGUAUGCCCAUAUAACAUUGAAGUUCCCUGUGCCUGUAUUCAGGCGAUCAAUUUGGGUGGUAGAAGCUCUCUUAUUUAAAGUAUACUGGCAUGUUGUUGCUUUCUAACAUGUAAACUUAAGUCGUGAUUUAAUAAUAAAUUCACCCCAAUACCUGCGAUAGUUAUUUGUUGUGGCAUCAUCUUUAGAAUCUAGAAAUAUGCUACAUGAACGUUCUAAAUCUAUACUGUUGAGAAAUGUUCACUUGAGGCUGUGUGAAAACUUGAUUAAAAACAUUUUUGGAAAUCGGAAAUACACAUGUACAUUUAUUAUGAUUGGCUAACUUUUAUUUUAUGGCAUAUGGUAUUUAUUACCUUGCAUACUUAGUGAUACAUUACAUAGCAAUACACAAACAUGCCCUCUGUUCCAUUCCCAACUUGACCAUCAGAAAUGUAUAUAAAUUUAGAAUUAAAAAAGAAGUAUUAGCGUCGUAAAAGAAAUUCAAAUUGCCCCAGUUUCAACAAAUUUAAUGUUGGUUUAAUCUUGUGAAGUUCUUUGAAGUGAUCCAGUUUAAGACAAGUACUUAUUAUUGAUGACUUGUAAAAUGUAUUCUAUCUUGUCACCUUUAAAGCGUAAAAGUGUAUUAAAUGAUUGAUUUAGUAAUGAGUGUCCACAUUUUCUUGCAUACAUGAUCGGUUGAUACUUGUAUCAUUAACUGUUAAGAUAUUAAUGUCGUUUGAGAACCGAAAGGUAGAAGCGACCUCGCAGCAAAGAAAGUGCUAUAUGUACAAAAGUUAAUCUAUUUAUUUACCAUUAUACAUUUCCUUUUCUCAUAAGUGGACACAGAAAUAUGCUUUAUGAUUGCAUGAUACAUCCUUCUUUUUUGUAAUCCAAUUUAUUGAACCAUUAAACUCAAAUACUAACCAUUUAUUAAUUUAUUCAAAACGUCUAUGACAAAUAUUCACGAUGUCAUGGUCUUAACUGUAACUAUUACUGGUACUUUCAUCACAAUGGUAAUUUAACAUAUUCAAGCAAAAAGGUCAGUGUAAGGUUAAUAUUUGAAAACUAUUCAAAAUGUUUGCUAUGCUGCUUAAUGUCGCCGUUGUUAAAAAAAAUAUGAGCCACAUCAUGCGAAAAUGGGUCUUAUGUCAUAUGCAGCCAGUGUAGCUCCAGACCAGCCUGCAGUCUUGUCAGGAGCUACACUGUUCACAAUUAAGUCUUGCAAGGUUCAUGGGUCUAAUUAGACAGGGUAGCUCCUGACAAGACUGAGUGGAUGUGUAUGACAUAAGACCCAUUUUUUGCAUAAUGCAUAUGGCUCAAUACCCAUUUUCACAUGACAAGGGUCAUGUAUGCAUGCCAAUGGCCCCAUUCAAUGAUACAUGCUCAUGUAUGGAUGUUUUUGUUCAGCAAAUAAAGGAUCUUGCAC